AUGAUUGACAAUUUAGAAGAAGAGAAAACAAAAAUCGACAAAAAAUUUAAAUGGUAUGAAAAUCCUGUGCUGCAAGCAAACAACUCUUUUCAAACAAUAACAAUAAAACAUUCUUCAUUGUGUACUUCUUUAUGGAAUGGACUUUUGAUUAUUGUGAUAUUACCUAUCAUUCUGGUUGCAUUUAUUUUAUUUCUUCUUCUAUGGAUUCUUCCUGGAUUUGGUUCGUUCUAUGAACAAUAUGCCGAAGCUCGUGAUCGAAAAAAAUACUAUCCACCCACAGAAGAAAUGAAACCUUGGGGUCCUGAUAAUACUCUUAUACAUGUAGUACAUAUUCGUGCAGCAGAAUCAAGGCUUCCACCUAUUGUCUAUGUCAGCGGCUUGGGUACUAGUAUGUACGUUGUCAAACCAUUGCUUCUCAAAUUUGUCGAAUACAUGAAUGAGUCUAUUGAAAUAGUCUCAUUUGAUUCUCCUGGAUACGGUGCUUCUGAACCGCCUACUGAUUGGAAUACACAAAAUACAGCCACCGAACUUGCAUUAUUACGACAAGUAAUUGAAAAUUCAAGACUUCGCAAACCAUUUAUUAUAUUCGGUGCAUCAGCUGGUGCUUCAUUAGCACAACUCUAUCGAUUGACAUAUCCAGAAGAUGUUAUAGGUAUUAUCUUAUUUGAUCCAACUCCAUCGAAUGUAUUUGAACAAGGAAGUCCUAUGGCAACCGAUUUUAAUCGUGCAUCUUCCCUAUAUAGAAAAAUGGCUCGUGUCGCUUCUUGGGGCUUGAUGAGACCACUUGUACCUUUAAUACGUUAUUGUGUACCGGGCGAGUUCGGUGAUAUUUUUCGUCAUUUACCCCGUGGUCAUGUUGCUCUGUUCAUGACAAAAACUGUGUUACUUAAGACUGGAAAUCAUUUUCGCUACUGGCAUACCAUCAUGGAUUAUGUAACAAAGUUACAGGGUGAUGUUACAAUUCAUAGACAUACACCCUUGUUAGUUGUUAGCGCACUAAAUUGGACCAAAAAACGACCACACGGUGGUUUGACUAAAGAAGAGAUGCGUCAAUGGUGGCAUGAUAAUCAACAGCCAUUCGUUCGUAGUUCUGAUAAUGCUGGUUUUAUUUCUCGUACAGAUUAUACUCACACGCAGUGCAUGUUGGAUAUGGAACUAGCAGCUAAUGCUACAAAAGCUAUCUUAACACAAAUUCAUAUUAAGAGUAUUCAGUGA